AGUUUGCAGGGCUUAACUGGGACCCCCCUGGUUGCUGGCAGCCCGAUCCGCCACGACAGUGCCGUGCAAGGCAGUGCGGUAGAGGUGCAGACUUAUCAGCCACCUUGGAAAGCUCUCAGCAAUUUUGCCCUGCAGAGUGACCUGGAUCAGCCUGCCUUCCAACAGCUGCUCUCCAUUUCUGAAUCGGGCUCCCUGGGCAACUCUUCGGGCAGCGACGUGACCUCUUUGUCUUCCCAGCUCCCCGAUACCCCCAACAGCAUGGUUCCCAGUCCGGUAGAAACGUGAGAUGAGCCCCCCCUUUCUAACGCCUGACCCUUCGUGGACUUUCGCAUGCUUUUGCUUCUUGCAUGAGAACUGAGCGCUAAGCAAACACAACUCGUUAAAUUAUUACCUUUAUUUAAAAACCCAGCUCCAUCUCUUCUCCUGUUGUGGCUGGACCUCUUCCAGGAUCCCCCUGACUUUGCCAAGCGGGCAGGGGAAAAAGGAGUAAAACUUCCCAGGAAUUCUGUUCCUCCCCCCUCCAGGAAUACCUCUGGAUUUUACUCGAAUGACACUUAAAUCCUGUUCUUGUAGUUUUAGAAGAUGGCUCUUUCUGUUUCAUUUUCUUUUCAAUGGAAGAAACCAGCUCAACGUGCAACGGUUGGGGCUUCCGUGUCUCGGACCGGUCAGAAGUUGGGCCAUCCUGUUGGAUUCAUCAACCAGUUGCCUUCAUCUCGAUCAGUUCUGGGUGCCCAUUGCCAACUGUCCAGUGGCUUCCUGCUCCCAAUCUGUCACACCCUGCCUGGAAAAACCUGGAACUUUUUUCUGUUUCUUCGGUGGCCCCAAAAGAGGAGUAUUCUUUUUCCCUUCUCUGUCUCUCCUCUGAGCCCGCAUGAUUGCUGGAACAAUUCCAGCAGGACUUGUGUCCCGUCCAACCCCCCCAUUGCCAGUGUUAAAUUAUCUUAUGGAUGGAAGGUGUGUGGUUCUUUCUCAGUCUUUGCAGACCAAAGUAAGUUAUUGUUAUUUAUUAUCGCGCGGCAGCA